GGACUGACAAGAAGCUCCAGUCCAGCUUGAGUCUGGCUCUAUCUAGUGUUGUGAGGCCUGAGCUGCAGGAGGCCUCAGCGUUUCCAGGUGCACAGGUGAUUCUGAUCAGCUGCUACUUAAACUCUGCAUCUGUUUGGUCUCAAUCGUUUUGCGUCUCACUCUGGAUUUGUCCUCAUUCUACAAGGCUGAAUAUGAGUCAUCCGGGGCCUAAUGGAGGGAAUGUACACUCGUUCACCAACAGUGGUGCUUUUAACUCUGGGCCACAGGAUGCAGACCUGCAGAGCAGCUGUCCACGGCCACGGCCUCUGUCCCGUCCACAACCCCCCUCUGCUGCUCCUGUGUUCUACGUUCAUGCGCCAACUGCUCCUCCUCCACCUGCAUUCCACUAUCCGUGGCCACUUCCCAUGCCCUUAUUCUUUAACCCCCUUGAGGGCUUCCCCGGCAUGGGCUAUGGCAUUUUCAUGCCACCUUUCCCUCCCUACAUGGAGACUCCAGCCUACAUUAUGCCCCCCCCUCACGUCCAGCCCAUGGACUACAGACGGCUGCUCCACCCUCAGGCCCAUGUGCCUACGGCAGCUCACCAGAACACCAACCAGAUGAGGAGAACCCGCCCGCCUCGUGGUGCAUCUACAGAAACCGUGAACGCUGCGGUCCAGACAGAACUCACUGAAAGACACGCUAAUGAUUAUGGCGACCGAAGCCCACUUGUCCUUCCAGAUUCUGGACAUGGGACUACCUCUGUCUCUCCCUCUUCAAGCUCUAGUUCCAAAAGAAGAGACGCUGCUGAAGCCAAUGACUUUAAGAGUUUGGAACAAAAAGUGAGGAACCUGAUGAGCAGUAAUGGAGACGUGCAGAUUAAUGACGCUAGAACAAAAGUACCGCUCAAACCCAGCUUCAACGUUCAACAUCCUACUCGAUCUGUGGGUACAUCUAUCAGGGCAAUUCUGGACGAUCAGAAGAACCACAAAGAGGGUAGCGCUCAGACGAAUGAUGGUCACUGCAAAGUCUGGUCGGUCAGUUCUUCUGAUAGUAUUGUCCCCGUGUGUAGUUCUUCUCAACAAGAUGACGUUUUCAGAGAAAGACUUUCCUCCAUUUGUGGUGUUCAGAAGCUGCUGCCCUCAGAAAGUCCAAAUGCUCGUGAUAAGUGUGUGGACCAACUCCCAGGCGAGGAUGACUCUUUUGCCAAAGACUGUGAAUGUCUUUACAAAAUUCUGAAACUACCUUUAGUUCGGUCAAGAGAAGAUGCUCAUGAAAUGUCUUCAGGCAACUUCCAGACAAGAAAAAAGGUGAAUGAGUCUGUUUGGUCAGUGGACUCUUUGCCUCUCUAUAUCCCCACUAAAGAGUGGCUUGCACAAAAUGGCCUAAUUGACACUGUAGCAAUUGAAGAGGAGGAAGUGGGAAACUGCCAGGCAGCACGAAAUUUUAGAAUUGUAAACACUCCUAAAAGAAUUGGGGAUGCUCAUGAAAUGUUUUCGAGCAACUUCCAGACAAAGAAGUUCAAUGAGUCUGUUUGGUCAGUUGAGUCUCUGCCUCCCUUCAUCCCCACUAAAGAGUGGCUUGCACAAAAUGGCCUAUUUGGCCCUGUAGCAAUUGAAGAGGAGGAAUUGGGAAACUGCCAGUCAGCACAAAAUGUCAGAAAUGUAAACACUGGUAAAAGAAUUGGUAACGCCUUCUCGGAGAAUGAAGCGACUCUCCCGAAUUCGCCCACACUGGAGAGAAUCGUACAAAAUGCAGUAGAUGUGGAGGCCAUAGAUGGAAACGGUGAGCAGCUGUGUGUUCCUGUGGAUCACAUGCAGAUGGCUGAGGUGUCUCCAAGGGGACAUCUGGUGGACUGUGGCAUCCAGUGUGACCAAAUCCAGUGUUUCUGUGAGAAGAUCAGAAGCAGCAGAGGAACCUGCAGAAGGAAUCUACUCAGACCUUCAGGUGUGAAGUCAAACAAUGGUGGCAGCAAAGUAUUCUGCAUGAAUGGAUCUUCGCAGAAAAACCAGAAUAGUCCUGAAAACCUAACUGGGCAGCAGAUGUCACAUGAUGGGCUCCCUGGCCAAACUGGGAAAAGGGGUGAGCACGGCUCAACCGCUCUCCUUACAGUGGACAGAACUAGAAAUAGAUUCCCGUAAUUCCUGUUGAGGAAUUAUUUGCUUUAAUGUUAUAAAUUUGUGCAAGACAAAUGUGUGCUUAAACACUAAAUACAGAAAUUAGCCUUGAUGAAACUUUUCAUUCAGGAAAUCGCCAGAUUUCAUUGUUCAUUGCUAGUCUCAGGGUUUGGUUUUGCUUUGCUACUCGUCGGUGGAGGAAACCACAAAUGAGGAAAGACAUGAUUUUAUAUUGUCUAAUAAUAAAAUGAUCUAUUUUUUCAAUAAAUGAUUUUGAUAUUUAAA